UUACUGACACACUGAUUCAGCUUGAGCUUGGUUUGAGUUCAAUCAAAAUUGGAGUAUCGAACUUGAAAUAAGAGGACGCCUUGACUCGUUCGAGUCAGAUAACAAUAGCUCAAUCAUAUAAUCAACAGAACAAGGUGCAGCUCUUUGAGCGAGAGUAUUCUGCUUGCAGAACUUCACAUGGAACUUUUCAAACGAACACCGAUAUUGCUCGACCACUCCGACCGGGGAAGGACGCAACAAUAAAUGCCCAUCGGAAGGCCUAGGUGAUUCCAUAAAUAAACUUCUGACAAGGGCAUUUACUCGGGUAACCAACCAACCCUGCAGCUCACAUUUACUAUUUUCAACCAAUCAUCAUCUCCAUCUGCAACGUGCCCCAAGGAAAAGGAUAGAUAGCAAAAAAAAAAAAGGAAGAAAAGUGCAUCCUAAGAACUUCAUAGGAAAACAAAAGAGAUCAGACACGAGACAACAAACCAUCUCUCUUCAUACACAUCAGCAGUUGCCCUGUUUCUGUUCCGUUGUUCCAUUCUUUAUAACAAUCCCAAUCAUGUCAAAGCAGAAGACCAUAGUGUCAGUGGAACUGCUGUGCUCAAAGUGCAGGAAGAAGGUGAUGAAGGUGGUGGCCACCGUAGAAGGCAUAACCUCCAUCGUCCUCGACCCUUCCAAGAACACUGUGACUGUCAUCGGGGAAGCGGACCCCGUCGACAUCAUCAAGAAGAUCCGCAAGUUCCGGCGGUCUGCCACUAUCGUCAGCAUUGGGCCCCCCAAGGACGAGAAGAAAGAUUCAUCAUCCCACUCGUACAGCUACUCUGCCUCGACUGCCUUCCCCCAGACGCCGCGGAUUUGUCAGAGGUGUGAUGUCUGGUACGUUGUUGCGGACGAUGGUUAUCGUUUCUGCUCGAUCAUGUAAAUGUCAUAUUGCAUCAAUCGAUGUACUCUGGUUCUGGAAAACUGGGUGGGUGAAAAUUUCCACCGGCUCUCCUCAUUAGUUUAUGAUGGUCACUUGUUCUUCAGGAAUACUCAAGUUCGCCACCAUUCUCAAGUAUAAGUUCUUCAUGCUAUAAAGGUUUUUAUGAUCGGUUGUAAAUUCA